AUGUUCGGCAAGCUAUGUCGGCGUGGACCUCACGCCCCUCCUUGCUUACACCAAGGAGGUGAUCAUGGAAGAAGUCCGCAAGCAGGUGAAGGCAGCGCUGGAUGAGCGGGAGAGUGAGAUGAAGAAGUUGCAAAAUGAGAACUUGGAGUUGAAGCAGGUGCUCACGGGCAUGACCGGCCUCCUGCUGUACUUCCUGCACAAUCUUCUGUACCUGGAGCUGAACCCCUCGGCAGCGAGGCUAGAAGGGCACCUCCAGGCCUUGAACAUGUUCUUCAACAAAGGGCAGAAGACGGAAGCCGUGGUGAUCGGAAUUCAUCAUGAAGGAGAUGGUGGGCCUGGUGCGGGUGCUACGACUGGAGAGGACAAUGCCAUGGUAGAUCAUUUGCAUCUUCUGGUGCAAGGGAUGCGACAGCUCCAGCAACUCCAGAUGAACCGCAAGGACCCAGCCGAGGCGGAGGCUGUGAAGGGGAGCGUGGAGCUCCAGCGAAUGCCAGAGCCCGGCGACGCGGCGGUGGAGUUCAAUGACUGGAUGUACAUUACAGAGCAGCAGCUUGGCGCCCUGACGGACAAUGCGAGCUCAUGGUUUGCCAAGUGCCUGGCGUGUGCCAGGGAAGCCUAUAUGCGUUAUCAAGGUGCCUCAGCCUUGGAGCGGCUGAGUGUGGCCCCAAUGUUGACAGAGGAGCUCAAGGAUGCCAAAUGGUUUCGCCUAGAACGUCGAGUGCUUUCACUCCUCCUCGCUGCGAUGCCGAAGGCGGUGAGGGAGGACACGAUCACCCACAGAGUAGAGAGCGUGGCGGGAGUGCUCUACAGGCUACACGUUCUCUACCAGCCGGGCGGGGCAAUGGAGCGCACGGCAAUCCUGAAGCACCUCGAAGGAGCCCCGGGUUCAGAUGAUCCAGGAGAAGUUGUUACGCAGCUACGGCGAUGGAGAAGGUAUUUGGCCCGGGCGGAAGAGAUGUCUGUAGCCCUCCCAGAUGCAAGCUUACAACUUCAUGGGAUCGAGAAGAUCAUAGCCCGGGUGCUGGAGAAGUUUGCUGAUGUGAAGUUUCGUCUUGCUUUGGCAAGAAACGAGCUCAGGCUCUCUUCGGCUCCUACCUCGGAGACGGUGCUGAAGUAUUAUCAGCAUGCUUUGGCCGAGCUCCAACAAGUCACUCCCAGCGUCAAGACCAACCAAGACGGAGCGAGGCUGAAGGGAGCGAGUACAACCACGGCGGCAACUCCUGGGACUGGUGGUUCUGGAUCACCUACCGCUUCGCCGAAGAAAGGAAAGAACCCUUGCAAGUUUUUCCAGAGUGAGGCUGGCUGUAAACGUGGCAACAACUGCGGCUACGCCCAUGAGUUUCUCUCCAAGGCUGAUCGCAAGACGAGGUGUUGGACUUGUGGAGCUGUGGGACAUCGCCAACAGAGCUGCCCAACGACCACCGGUGAUGGGGGAAAGGGCAGUGGCAGACAGCAGGGUCAGUCAACUUCAAAUCCUACGACAAGCGCAACCUCCUCUACCCCAACCGCGGCAAAAGUGCAGGCCUCUACAGUCGAGGCUUCCUCUUCCGAGAACUCAGCUCCUUCGAACUCUACGACGAUUACUUCUACAACCACUUCGGUGCCACAGAAGGACGACGAGGCAGCGGCACAUCGAGAAGAGAUGAAGAAACUCCUCAAGGAGGCAAGCUCCAUGCUUAGCAAGAUCCAGUUGAUGACAAUGCGGGUGGACGACACCAACAAGGCUACUGAGGAUCUGGAGCUGCUACUGAGGUCUGCGGGCAUGGAUCAACAUGGUUUGGCCUUGUUGGACUCUGGAGCCUCACACCCUUUUCGCAACCCGGUGGAUACCAGUGAGUUUGACCAAGCGAAGAGCGUUGGAGUGGAACUUGCAGACGGCCAAAUGGUGGAGCUAAGGCAAACAACCACCGGAACGCUGCUCAAGGAGAAGGGCAGCAAUCCGCAGAGCCCGAUUGUUCCAUUAGGCUCACUUGUGCAACAAUUGGGUUGCUCAAUCAGCUGGUCCCGUAAAUCGGGACUCCAGGUGGUGCACCCCUCCCACGGCGACCUCAAAAUCAAGAUGAAGGGAAGCUGUCCAUACAUUUCCGAAAUGGAAGCGUUACGCUUGAUCGCUGAGAUUGAGGAUAAAAGUCUUGAACGACUACAGCAAGCUACAGUGAGGAGCUUGUGGACAUCUUCAUCUACUACUAUGGCGGUACCUUGGGGUGUCAGCUUGGAUGCCUUCGUGAACACCGGCAAGCGGACGAGUGCUUUGAUGGCUAUGAUGGACCCGAGCUUCCCCCUCGCCUUGGAGACCAGCUCUGAGAAGUUUGGGUUUGUGGGUCCUUCAGAUUUGGACUUGAGUGACGAGUCUGGGCUGAGCUAUUUGAAGUCCCUCCCGGUCAACAGAAGAACCCGAAGGCGGUUGCAUGGGUCGCGUUGGAUUGUCCACCUGUAUGAUGGUAAGAACCAGGCAGCCGCAGAAGAGCUCAGGAAGCUUGAGAAUGAAGAUGUCAUGGUUCUGGAGAUUGACAUUCAGCGCUCCAAGGCCUAUAACAUGAAGGGAUGGAGCAAUGUGAUGAGAGCACUUUUGUGGGCAGCCUGCCGUGGACAGCUGGAAGGAGUACUUGGAAGCCCCCCUCGACAAAAUGGAGAUGAACUGAGGCAGAAGUUGAUGUACUUGUGGAUGGUUGCUGAGCGAGGGUCGGUGGUCAAUAACGUCAAGAAGCCCUUCCUCUUCAUGGAGUAUCCGGGUGAGAUGGUUUGGUGGAAAACCCCGGAGUGGAGUGACUUCCGCGAUGAGUACCACCUCACCAGAGUAUGUUUGGAUGCUGGUCAGGAUCAAACGUUCCAAGGGGUUACGAACAUGAACUUUAUGAACUACCUCAAGGAGUCUAGGACUACCAAGGAGAAGGCCCCGACAGCAUGGAAUAUCCAGCUGCUCAAAGGAAUCAGCGAAGGAGUUGAUGAAUGGAGAAGAUGGCCUGAUCAAGUACGGCAAGCUCACCUACUCUGCAAAAUGGAUGGACGCCUCGAGGAUAUGAGUGAGAAGGAGCUCAAGCAAUGGGCGAAGCACGUCAGGGACGGCCACGUACCGUUCAACAAAAGAUGCAGAACCUGCGUCAUGAACGCAGGAAUUGAUGCAGAUGGCAAAUAUCGCUAUGCCUUGGUGGGUGACGAUGGAGAGUGUGACCUAGCUCAAGAGCAUCUAGACGAUGGUGGUGGAGUGGGGCUAGUAGAGUACGAUGACGACUUCUUGGUUGAGGAGGAGACAGUGGAGGCAUUGCCAUCCAGGGAGGAUCAAGUAGACUUGGAUCAAAAGAACGAGGACUAUCGCAAGUUCUACGAAGAGGUCUACAAGGAAGUGGGCGAUUCGCUUGAGUACCAAACCCUGCUCUACGUGAUGCCUCUACGUUCUCGGCAGAAGAUUGAUGUGAAUGCUGCAAUGAGACGGAUGUAUCUUCAACUGCGUCAAGAAGGGCAUCCUGUGACAAGGGUUCAUUCGGACAGAGCCCGAGAGUUGAAGUCAGCGACGCUGAGGCAGUGGUUGUAUGAGAAGGACGUUUGGGUCACCACUGGUGAGUCCCAGACACCUCAGCAGAAUGGUCGCGCGGAGGCUGCCGUCAAGAACCUGAAGAAGCACGCCAAGGUCCUCUUAGCGAGUUCGUCGUUACCUCGGGAGUGUUGGCCCCUAGCCAUGACUUUUGCAGCCCACCAACAGCGCAAGCGAGCUACUGGCCAAUCUACAGCAAGGGACCCAACCUUUGGAGCAAGGGUAGCUGUGAAGUCCAAGGUCUUUGGGACGGGAGGUUCCUACGAUCUUGAUCCUCGAUGGCGUGAAGGCUGCUUUGUGGGCUACAGUAGCGACGUAAGAAACGGCUUGGUGGUGAGGUGUGAAGACGGGACCUUCGUUACAAGUUGCCAUGUUCGAGAAGGCUUGGUGGACGCAGAGGCCAUUGUGGGAGAGGAACAACUUGAAGCAGAUCUCCCUCUCCCUACGAGGAGAUUGAGGGCGAAGGCCAGAUUGGCCUUCAUUAUCAACCCCUACGAGGACGUCGAGUUUCGCGCCAAGGAGCUCGAGGACAACAAAAUGUACGAAGCGAAGGAUGUCUUGAGUCUUUGGGAAGACCUGAAGAGAAUUCCUCAUCCCAAAAGACGAGGUGCAAAGCAAAUGUUUGUGGAAGGAGAUGGUUGCUCCUUCUACUCUGGUUGCUAUGUACAUGGUGGUGUUUGUGGAAUUAUGAAAACGGCCAAACACCUCCCGAAUGUGACCUCUUACUUGGUGAAGGCUGCGAAGGAAAUCACAAGGAAAAGUAGCUUUGGCUGUGUGGCCAUUGUGGAGAAUGUGGGUAUGGGACCGCAUCGCGACAGCCACAACCAGCAUGGCACCGAAAACACAGUGACGGCCUUGACGAGCUUUGAGGAUGGUCAAGUUUGGGUGGAGAAGUCAGAGGAAGUCUACAUGAACUACAACCCGGAGAAACAGUUUCCUUUCCACCUGGACAAUGGCAUCAAACCCAGCCCUGGAGCGGACGAUGAGGAGGAGCUCCACAAUUUGGGUUUCGAACUACCUUCGCGGGAUGUUCGUCCAGUUGACGCGAAAGAGGAGGCUGAGAAUCAAACCUCGAUGUUCGAGCCCCCGCAAGAGAGCAAUGAAGCUACGUGGUUCUCAGGUUUGAGCAAGCUGAAUGAGGACCAGAGGGAUCUACUUGAGGAACUACAAGAGCGUUCAACUACCCUGAGACGCCUUCUUGAGGAGGAGGAAAUCUUGGUGGAAGAAUAUCGCCGUAUGGGCAAACAAGUUACAGAGGAGGCGCAGCACACCCAUCAGCUACUCGUGGACAUGAUGGAGCAGACGACCGACGAGUUGAACCGCGCAGAGAAUGAAGAAGUGGAUCUUUGCUUGAAGGGUGCCCAAUGUGAACCAGAUGAAAGUGGAGAAAUAGACGAUGUGGAGAACCACCUCAACAACCUUCAAGGAGAGCUACAAGUUGUGAUCAACGUUCCUUUGGACCAAGUGAAGAGGAACCUACCAGCCUGGGUCCCAGCCAUUGACAAGGAGCUGGGAGUGCUUUUCAAGAACGGAGAGGGAGGCACCCUGAGAAAGAUCAGCCUGAAAGAGGCAAAGAGACGAGAACGAGCUGGUGAGCUAACGAUCGUUCCAAGUAAGCUGGUGUUCACUUGCAAGCCGCCCAACCAGGGCGCAGCGCCGAAGAGUCAUGGUGACACAAAGAGCAAGGAGCCAAAGGCCAAAUGGAGGAGGAAGUGCCGCCUUGUUCUCUGCGGCAAUUUCGCCGAGAGACCUGAAGGACAAAGCCAAGCCGAGCUCUACGCGGCUGGAGCUUCGGCGGACUCGAUGAGGGUCGCACUGGUCUUAGCCAGUGUGUGCUACUGGGCAGGCGCUGGUUCGGACAUUAAUGGAGCUUUUUUACUCGCCCCAUGGCCAAAGCACAUGAGACGCUAUGCCAUUCUGCCUCCAAAGACUUUGGUCUUGGCCGAAAGAGCCACAGACCUGGAAGCAUGGGAAGUGGACAGGGCCCUAUAUGGGCUACGGGAAAGUCCAGCAGUAUGGAGCGACUUCAGACGGCAACGCCUUCGUAGCGCCAGGGUGGCAUGGAAGCAAGGCCAUUUGGUGCUCAAGGCAACCGUCGUCGACCCCGAGGUGUGGAUGAUCCUUUACUCUGUUGAGGGAGCCCCUGAUGUGCUGGCUGGCGUCCUUGUCACUUAUGUGGAUGAUUUGCUGUAUUUGGCUGAGAACCAGGUCAUCAUCACGCUUCAUUCCUGGCUCUGCGAAGAAUGGCCGAGCAGUCCACUUGAGUGGACCACAGAUGGCACAAAGUACCUGGGUGUAGAGAUUGUGCAGUCAGAAGGUCAUUUUCUUAUAUCCCAGCGAGGCUACUUGGAGAGCCUUGUGAGGAGCUACGACCUGGAGCCUGGAGAGCAUGUUCGCUUACCAUGCCCUCGCGAGUGGCUUGUGGAUGAAGGCGAUGCUACAGUGGACCAAGAAGACUUCACCCCAGAUGAGCUCAAGAGGGCUCAAAAGAUAACAGGAGAACUGCUCUGGGUCACGAGGGCAAGGCCGGACAUCCUCUUCGUUGUGACGAUGAUGGCUUCAGCGUUGGCAAGGAGACCGUGCCAUGUUUACCGUGUGGGCUUGAAAGUAAUGGCCUAUUUGGCAGCAUCAGUGGACGUCCAGUUGUUAGAGGGGUUUUCGGACGCUUCAUUUGCGCCGUUUGGCGGACGAUCCUACGGAGCCUCAGCUAUUACCCUGAACGAAGCUGAAUUGUAUGAAGCGGCUCAGACUACGUUGCUGAUGAAGGGUGUUCAUGCGUUGAUCAAGGAGAUUGUGGGCAAGGCUGUGCCUCAGGCACUUUACAUUGACAACAGCGCUUCGGUCUCCUUGAUUGGGGGUUGCCAGGGCUCGUGGCGUACGCGCCACCUGAAGGUCAGGUGUGCGUUCAUUACCGACAUGGUACAGCAAGGCGAGCUUGCUGUGAGCCACAUCAGUGGCCAACUACAGCUGGCUGAUUUACCUACAAAGCUGCAUGGCAAGGUGCGCCUUGCCGAGCUCAUGAACCUUUGGGGCUUUGUGGGUGGGCCGUUGGCCCGCAUCAACGACAAGACGAGGGUUGCCGUGCUGAUGUGCCUCAUGGUAGCCUUGCUGGCCACCCCUACAGAGGCAGCAGUGCCUACUCAGGAGAUUGAAAAGAAGGCGGUGCAGCUCGCUGGCUUUGACGAACUCACAGUUGUCACCGUGCUAGUGUGCAUUGCGGCGGUGGCUAUGUGGGAGCUAGGAAAAAGACUGGGAUGCUGGCUACUGGGAAUCAAAGAGGAAACAGCAAAGGAAAGAAGGCUUCGAAGGCUUCGAGAUUUGGCGAGGACGGCAGCUCAGGAGGAGUUGGAUCGAGAGUACCUGAAACGGGAAAUCGAAGUCGAAACAGAAGCAUGGAAGCGACCUUUGAAGGCUGCUUCAAGCGACCCAGUGUCUUUACCUGGACCGAGCGUGAGGUCUACCGCGACGCAGACCCCACAGAUGAGCGAACCAGAGCCGCGAGUUCAAACUCGCAUUAUUUACCGGGAUGCCCCGGUACCUCAGGACGUUCCGGUGAGCCAGUUCUGGAAGACUAAUGAUCACCGGAGUCGAGUACACACAAGGAGGGACUGCCACGGCCUCCGCAACUCAGGGGUGGUGUUCAUGACGGAGUACUGCCAUUACUGCGAAGGCCGAACGCCCUUGUUUACAAGACAAGGAUGA